CCAAGGAGUGCAUGCGGUGAACAGCAGAACUCAAAUGCACUUUAAAAGCGCAUCACAAUUCAGUGUUUAAUUCAUGGAUUUGAAUCGUCAUAUAUUUGUAACAAUGAUUACUGUCUCAUCUCAUCGUUCUUUGACAAACUUCUACUGUCUAUUUUAACAGGCCAUCCACAGACACAAAGAAAGCCCUUGCCGUGGCAUUGGUGUAUGAAUUCCCUUGCCUUUUGGAUGGUACAGGCAGUGGCAAUGGAGCUUGGUACACACCUGGCCGAAAUCACAAACCUGCUACAGGUUUCCUGGAGGAGCGCUUGAGGAACGUUAGGAAGCACAUGAGAAUGCUGAAACGACCACGCCACCAAGAACAACAGAAGGAACAGACCGUCCCUAGUACACCAGGUAAUACUAAUAACCAAUAUUAAUUAUCCCCGCCAGGCUAGAAUAGACAAAUGCAAGGGAUUAUAUUUUAGGUCCCAUGACUCUUCUGUCCAUCCAUCUUCUAAAAGCUAGUCUCAGGCACCGCUGGACCGAUUGGCGACUUUUCACACACUCUCCCAAGUAGGCCAGAACCCCAAAUGUUUGAAAUCAGCUAUAAUGAAUCUGAGGACCUCUGUACUUAUCAUUCAACAGAAUAUGAUGUGCCUCCUGAAAAACUUCUAGAAAUGGUUGAAUGGAUGAAGGUCAAUAGGUAUCCAGUGUCCCAAGUUGAGGACUACAUGAAUCAAACAGCUCUACAUAGAGGCAAGUGGAUUUGCAGCAAUGGAUCUAAAAGCCUCCCGGAAAUCUUGACUGAGUUCCCUAGGCUUUUAGACAAUCCUGGCAUGAUAUCACAAGACUUCCAGCAGCUUCAUCCAGAGGCAGUAGGAAAACUGUUUCAGAACUGGGCUACUAUGAGUGACCAAAUCCUUACAUAUGCCCAGCGAGAGGGAAAACUGCCCUUGGUGUUUGAUGACAUGACACCAGACCGAGCUUUGAAAGUCCUGCCGAUUCUGCUUCCUCCAUCGGUCUACAGGAUUGGAGGAAAAGUCCACAGACCCACCAUAGAGGAGUCCCGCAAGUCCUUCAUUAAUAUCCAACCAGUGGGCACCAACAUGGUACAGUACCUACAGACAGCAGAGAGAACUCAACCCUUCCCGCACAUCUUGUGUCUUGGUGAUGACAUGACAACAUGCCAGACCUUCACCAUUGUGUCAGACAACGCCAUUGAAACGGACACUUUGCUGGGUGCAGUAGAUCUGUGUUUUAAGGCUUUCUUUGUGUUUGACCUAAAUUACACAAAGCAGUGUCUCCCCACCUGGGAGUUUAUCCAACAGGCAGUAUAUAACAUUGAUGGACAUGAAUCCUCAAAUGUCAAAUUUAUGAGGACAUCAAUUGCAGCUUUGGCCUAAAGGUACACAGAGAGAAGUAGCCUUUUAGUGAUGUGUGUCAAACAAGUUGACAGCUGCUCUCUAAAAAUAUGAUUGACACAAAACUUGAUUGCAGAAGACAGUAGGCACACACUUUAAUUGUGUCAAAACAUUGACCCGCGUUUACAGUACCUACUAUUCCUGUUAAUUCAUUUAUUUAAAUUUUAUUUUUCUUACUUUACGUGAUUUAAUUUACUUAUUAUUUACUUAUUUAAUUUACUUCAUUUAUUUAUUUACCUUGUUAUGUUUGUGUCUGUAUAUAGUUUCUGCUGGGCAGAGAAAUGUUUUAUCUCUAUAUUUAAACAUGUUCAUGUUAUUUAAACCUGAAAGAGAAGUUGGUCCAGAUAACAGCACUUUGUAAUAUAUCAUUUGUUUUAAGGCUCUUUGUUU